AUGGGCAAAGGUUACACUUGGAGAUGUGCGGCCAUCGCCGGUUCGGGCAGCAUGCUCUACGGUUACGAUACCGCUGUCAUUGCUGGAACGUUUGCCCAAGAGGGAUUCCUUGGCUACUUUAAGCCUUCGUCGACCAUUCUCGGAGCCAUUGGAUCGGUCUACUUUGGGGGUCUUAUGCUGGGCCUCAUCUUCGUUAGCCUCCUCGCGGACCGUUUUGGCCGUAGGCGAACAAUCCAGAUCGGCGGAGUAAUUGGCCUCGUCGGGGCAAUUCUACAAACGGUCGCCACACACAUCGGGCCCUUUUUCGCGGGGCGUGCCGUGGCCGGACUAGCGUCAGGGAUUAUGCUCACGACCGUCAACGUCUACCAGGCCGAAAUUGCCCCGCCAUCCCUCCGAGGCACCAUGGUUGCGUUUCAGAUCGUGACUCUCAUGGACCGACAUGAAGAGGCCAAAGCGACUCUUAUGAGGCUGAACGAUGACAACGAGGAUCCAAGCUUCUGGGAAAAGGAGUAUCUCCAGAUCUCGGCGCAAAUCGCCCUCGAAAAGCGGGAGAUGGAGGGUAGCAGCUGGACCCACAUGUUCACCAACAUGAAGGAAUUCCGUCGUGUUGCUGUGGCGGCUGCUUCCGUCAUAUCUGUGCAGACCAACGGUGCCCAAACCAUUCAAGUUUUCCAGGCGGUUCUCUACACUGGUCUUGGAUUUUCCACAAGGGGCACGCUACUCAUGGCUGGUGUCUUUGGAAUUUGUAAUACCUUGGGCGGCCUGACGAACUUGUUCCUCAUUGAUCGCGUAGGAAGACGUAUACUAUUCCUCGCGGGUCUAGCCACGCUUUCCGUUUGGCUAGGUGUUUUCGCGGCAUGCACGGCGCAGUAUAAUAAGACUGGUCUCGCCAGUUGGGGCAAAGCCGGUGUUGGUUUCGUCAUGGUGUACAUUUACACGUUUGGCACCACCUACGCCGCGUCUCCUUACGCCUACUCCGCGGAAGUCUUGCCCACGAAGAACCGAGCAUCCGGCAUGGCCUUUGGUCUAUUUUUCGCCAACGCCCUCACCCUCACCUUCAGCCAGGUGGCCCCCAUUGCGCUCGAAAAGAUUGAGUGGAAGUUCAACCUCGUCUUCAUUGCCUGCAACAUCUUCUUCUUUUUCAUUGCCUAUUUCUUCUUCCCCGAAACCAAAGGCCUUACUCUGGAAGAAGUCAAUCGUCUGUUCGGCGACAAGGUUGCCGUGGAGAUACGGGACGUGGACAUCACAGAGAAGGAGGGCGCGCAUGCUGACCACGGUUAUGAUAGGCUUUCUCGUAUAAUAAAGCCCGAUAACCGUCAGAACCAAAGAGAGGAUGCCAAAUAUGAUACCUACAAUCGCCCCCGCAUCCAUCCCCCUUGGCUGGGGCUCCCGUCACUCGGCGACGGCGAGCUCGAGUUUGUCGGGAUGUCUGGAGGCGUCGUCGUGGAAGUCGACUGCGUGGUCCUCGAACCCCCGUCGGUCGCGCCGCUUGUCGUGGACCUCGUCGACUGA